GAAAAAAAUUGUGCGAACAGAGCUAGGGUUGUUGGAUCAUUUUCCACUAUCAAUUCAGUCCUCCAGUAGACUUUGAACGAAAAAGUCUUCAAGUCUGGACCUUCCUUGAAGAUUUUUCUUGGCGAAAAUUGGAACAGUUCGAAGUUGAAACAAUAGUAAGAAUUGGUAUUCAGUGCUAAAUUUUGGGAAACACGAUAACAUCCAGACUUUAUACUUUCUUCUCACUCGUCCCGUUUUCAAUUGUAAAUUCCAAGAUGUGUAAUCGAAGAACAGGUCAAGAUGUUUUGUCGGUAGUAGUCAAUUAACAUCCAUCAGAUCCUCGGAUCCAAAUAUCAACUACAAACGAUUGACUUGAGGUGGUGAGUGGUGCAAAUCCGUGUGAACGCAUUUACAGAAUAAAAGUGAAAGGAUUCCGACUGUGAUUGAUAUUUCCCCCACUGUGUGUUGGAUACUGUGUUCAUCCACCUAAAUUUAGAGUUUGUGUUUCUAGAGCAAUAGAUUUAAAACUGUGAAUCUGGAAGGAAUUAACGCAAAAUGGAUCUAACAAGGCAGUUGAUAUCAACGGCCUUAUUUAUAUUUUUAAUUAUCAUAGGAAUUCACACAUCACACACAAGAUACCACGGUCGACGAUUAAAACGUCAACAUGGGGCGCAUAUGUACCUGCCCGAGAGCUUCGUUAUACCAGGAGGUAAUGGAUCUGAUUCAGAGCAAUGGGGGCCAUGGAGUUCGCCUUCAGAAUGCUCCCGAUCGUGUGGGGGUGGUGUCGCAUAUCAAACAAGGGACUGCUUAAACUUCAGUCCGCAAGGUGCACCGCUGUGUAAAGGGGGAAAUAGGAAAUAUUUUUCAUGCAAUACACAGGACUGCCCCGAAGAUGAAGAGGACUUCCGGGCGCAACAAUGUUCCCGUUUUAAUCACAUACCUUUCGAAGGCGUUCGAUAUGAAUGGGUGCCUUACACAAAAGCACCAAAUCCUUGCGAACUGAACUGUAUGCCUCGAGGAGAACGGUUCUACUAUCGCCACAAAUCCAAAGUAAUAGACGGAACACGAUGUAACGAUGAAUCUUUAGAUGUUUGUGUUGACGGGCAAUGCCAAUCCGUAGGCUGUGAUCUGAUGUUGGGAUCUCCUGCGCGAGAAGAUAAAUGCAGAAGAUGCGAUGGGGAUGGCUCAAGUUGUCGAACCUUUGAAGGCAUCUUGGAUAUGAACGAUCUUCAAGUCGGUUAUAACGAUGUGCUGCUCAUUCCGGCGGGAGCUACUAAUAUUGACAUCCAUGAAGUCGCACCCUCCAACAACUAUCUGGGUUGUCGAAAUAUGAGCGGUCAUUACUACCUCAAUGGAAACUGGCGAAUCGAUUUCCCAAGGCCAAUGCAGUUCGCUGGGGCGUGGUGGCAUUAUGAUCGAAAACCUCAAGGAUUCGCGGCGCCAGAUCAUCUGACCUGCAUUGGACCGACAACAGAGGCAAUUUAUAUCGUACUUCUGUAUCAAGACACAAACGUCGGGAUCAAAUACGAGUACAGUGUACCAGAAAAUGCCAUAAAGUCUGAUGAACCGGACUCCUAUGCUUGGACCCACACAGCCUUCGGUCCGUGUUCGGUCUCCUGUGGAAGUGGAUUUCAAACGCGAUCUGUCACCUGUAACAGCCGGACAACUUUGGAACAGGUAGACGACAGUCUGUGUGAUGAAACCAUAAAACCGGCUGAUACCGCACAGUGUGGUCAAGAAGAAUGUGCCCCACGAUGGGUUGAAGGUCCCUGGGGUAAAUGUUCGAAGCCAUGUGGAACUGAAGGAAAACAGGAGAGAACGGUUCAUUGCGAAAAAGUUGAAGCUACCGGCGUCGCGACGGUAGUGGAGGACUCAGUGUGCUUGGACAAAGUUGGCAAUAAGCCAGCCACACUUCAGGAAUGCAACAUGGGUUUGAAGUGCCCCAAAUGGCAUAUCGGCCGAUGGAGAGCAUGCGAUAAAUUAUGCGAUGAAGGUGAAGAGAAAAGGCAAGUGGUCUGCUAUACAGAGGAAGGUGGCCGAAAGAAGAUUGUUCCAGAUAAUGAGUGUCCAGAUGAAAAACCUGAAUCAUCACGAAAGUGUAUGCUUCAUCCUUGCGAAGGGGUCGAUUGGAUUGUUUCACCUUGGAGUGGGUGCAAAUCUUGCGGGCUUACACAAGAAACACGAACGGCAGUAUGUGCUUCCAAAAAAGGUGAAAUUUUCAAUGAGACUUUCUGUCCCGAAGAGAAGCCCGAACUUACUCGGCCUUGUAAAGCAACCGUGUGCGAAUACCAAUGGUUCUCAUCAGAAUGGAGUAAGUGUUCGGCAGAAUGCGGCAAAGGAGUCCAAACUAGGAUUGUUAUUUGUGGACAAUUCGACGGGGACGUUAUUAAGCCUGCUGAAGAUGAUACAAAGUGCCCAGGAGCGACGAAACCUGAGGUAAGCCGAGAGUGUGAAGCUGAGAAGAAGGAAUGUGAAGGGCAAUGGUUUGCCGGGCCGUGGGAAGCCUGCGACAAACCUUGUGGAGGGGGAGAACGACGGCGAGAAGUCUUAUGUAUGGCUGACGGAAAAGUUGUAUCGGAUUGUGAUCCGAGUACAAUUGAGUUUUCUAGUGAGAAGUGUAAUACCGACCCAUGCACUGUUGAUGAAACUUUACCAGUCAAUGUUACAAGCAAAGCAAUAGAAGAAGAUGAUGAGUCUGAAGAAGAAUGUGAAGAAGAAGUUGAAGAUGGUGUGAGCCCCUUCACAGAAAAAAUGAAGGAAGAUCUCAAACUCACAGACGGUGUCGAACUUGAUGGAACUAAGGCAACAGAAACAACACUAUUCACGGAUGAGUUGAUGCAAAGCGAUUCUACAGGCUUCGAAACAGCAGAUACGCCAAUGGGUACUCUUUUAACUACGCUGGAAGGAUCAGGAGACUUCAGCAGUAUUGGAGACUUGGUUUCGACAACAGAGGAGGGUAGCGGUGAUUACGAAUCGUCCUCUUUAGUUCCUUCCACAAAUUCCGCUAGUAGCGCCUUAUCUACGGAAAUGACUGCUCUCCUAGGUAGCUCAACAGAUGUAUCAGAUACAGUAACUUCAACUAUAGAUUCUGUGUCAGAAGGAUCAACAAACGUCCCAGUUAGUUCAACGGAAUCAUCAUCAGAUGUAUCAUCAGUUAGCGUUGCCUCUGAAGACAGCUCUUCGACGAUAAGUGCUUCUGAAGGAAGCUCAGAACCUUCUGAGACUUCGACAUCUGACCUGACGGAAUCAACAGUGGAAGUUGAAUCUACAUCAGAAUCAGAACGGUCAACGCUAAAUACUGAAACUACUGCUGAUUCGAGCACUGACAACUCUUCAGAAUCGCGCACAGAAAGUUUGGCCGAAUCGACUGCAGACGGUUCGACAGACCCAAGCUUAGAUAGUUCGCUAGAGUCAAGCACUGCCACUUCGCCAGAGUCAAGCACAGACAGUUCAUCAGAAUUGAGUACAUAUAGUUCAUCAGAGUUGAGUACAGAUAGUUCAUCAGAGUCGAGCACAGAUAGUUCAUCAGAGUCAAGCACAGAUAGUUCAUCAGAGUCAAGUGUAGAUAGCUCAUCAGAAUCAAGUACAGAUGCAAUUUCAACUGACUCUACAGAAGCUACGGAAUCUGCUGGGCCAACCGAUUCUACUGAAGCCACGGAGUCUUCUAGUGCUGCUGAGUCCACUGUAGCUUCGGAGUCGAUUGAAGCUUCAGAGUCGACUGAAGCGUCAGUGUCGACUGAAGCGUCAGUGUCGACUGAAGCUUCGGAAUCUACGGGCACUGACCAAACAACAGACGUUUCAGAAACAACGAUAAGCGUUACAGAAUCGUCAACAGAUUCUUCUGGAGAAACGACAGUUGAUAGUUCAACAUCAGUGACAGGAGCAAUAUCUGAAGGAUCGACAGACGCAGAGGAUUUGAGUACCUCAACAGAAGGCAGCACCGAUGUAUCAGUAACUUCGGAUUAUUCUACUUUGGUCGGUUCGUCUUCCUCGGAGGGAGAAUCAUCUACAGAAAGUGGUACUACUGACUAUUCGACGGAAGUGACUGGAACAACACAAACAGAAGUUACGGAUAGUGGUUCAUCAAGUACUGGUUCGACAGAUAUCCCUGAAAGCACCGAAACAGGAACGAUCGGAAGUACAGAAUCAACGCUUGAAGCGAGUUCAACAGUUUCUGGAUUGCCAGAAUCAUCUACUGAAAUUUCCGGAGAUACAGAAGGCACUACUGUUGACAUUUGGUCAACUUCUCAUGCGGGAACAAGUGAUGAUGAUUUGGAAGAAUCCACUCCUUACACCUUGGAGUCUAUCAUUACUAAGGAGCAAACGCCGCGUAAAUGUAAACCUAGAAAGAAAAAAGCUCCUUGUCUCACUUCUGAAUUUGGAUGCUGUUCUGAUAACAGAACAGCUGCUAAAGGACCAUUCGAUAAAGGUUGUCCUCUCAUUAAAACUUGUAAUGACACAAAGUAUGGAUGUUGUCGAGACGGAGUAUCACCAGCACAAGGGGAAGAUUUCGAAGGGUGCCCGCCGCCACCUUGUGAAGGAACACUAUUUGGAUGCUGUCCCGAUGGUUGGACUGAAGCAGAUAGUGAAGAUUAUGAAAAUUGUCCUGUGGAACUCACAACGACUACAAUUGGCGGAUGUGCGGCUAGUAAAUAUGGUUGCUGCCCUGAUGGCGAAAUGGAAGCUUCAGGCCCUGAUGGUGAAGGCUGUGAUGAAUGCACUGGUGAUAUUUGUAGUACUCUUACCCCAGAGACAACUGAAUCAGAAGAAACAGGUGGAACGACCGUUGAAAUUGAAACUACAACCGAGGAACCUGUUAAAAAAUCUUGUGGAUUAUCUACUUAUGGAUGUUGCCCAGAUGGUGAAACAGAAGCCAAAGGUGAACAGUUUGCUGGAUGUCCAGACAUUGCAGUGGAUUGUUCCAAAACUACUCACGGUUGCUGUCCAGAUAAUAAAACUGCGGCAACUGGGCCCAACCAAGCAGGCUGCUCGCAAUGUCUUUCCGAGCAAUUCGGAUGCUGUCCUGAUGGACAGACACCAGCACACGGUCCUAAUGGAGAAGGAUGUUGCCUUAAAACACAGUUUGGCUGUUGUCCAGAUAACAUCAAUGCAGCUCGUGGUCCCGAUAAUGAAGGAUGCAGUUGCGAGCAUUCCCCAUAUGGGUGCUGCCCUGACAACAAAACCCCGGCUCGUGGCUACAAUAAAGAAAAUUGUGAUUGUAAAGAUUCGCAGUUCGGCUGCUGCCCAGACAAACUUACGCCUGCGCAAGGAGAGAAGUUUGAGGGUUGUCUCUGUCACACAUUCCAGUUCGGAUGCUGUCCAGAUGGAGUCACAACUGCUAAAGGCCCACAUGGACAAGGAUGUCACUGUUCGCAAACCGAAUUUGCAUGCUGUCCCGAUGAAAAGACGCCUGCUAAAGGUCAUAACUUCGAGGGUUGUACUUGCAUUGAGAGUAAGUACGGCUGCUGUCCUGAUGGCGAAACGAGUGCGCAAGGAGAGAAUUUCGAGGGCUGCGCCGAAGUUAAGCCCAAUCCUCAGAAAGCAUGUUCUCUCAAGAAAGACAGUGGCCCAUGCAGUAACUACACAGUUAAACAUUUCUAUGAUGUCGAAUACGGAGCAUGCUCCCGUUUCUGGUAUGGUGGUUGUGAUGGUAAUGGAAAUAGAUUUAAUUCAGCAGAUGAAUGCAAGAGCGUAUGUGAGAAGCCAGCCGGAAAAGCUGUUUGCGAUUUGCCGAAGGUCGUCGGACCUUGCCCAGGAUACUACAAGAAAUACUACUAUGAUGCGGAACGGAAGAGUUGCGCUGAGUUCGUGUUCGGAGGAUGUCUUGGCAAUGACAAUAAGUUCGACACUUUGGAGGAAUGUAUGUCAACCUGUGCAGCAGAUCAGAUAUUACCUCCUUGCGAGCAACCCGUGGAGCGAGGUCCAUGUGAUGGAAACUUUGAACGAUGGUAUUAUGACAACGAAACGGAUGUUUGUCGACCAUUUUCGUACGGUGGCUGCAAGGGCAAUAAGAAUAACUAUGCAACGGAGAAGUCUUGUCAAUACCAUUGUCGAAGCCCCGGUGUUCACAAAGAGAGCUGCGCACUUCCUAAGGAAAGUGGCGAGUGCGGUGGCAAUUAUGCACGCUGGCACUUCUCUGAAACUGAUGAAAAAUGCAUGCCUUUCUAUUAUUCUGGUUGUGGUGGUAACAAGAAUAAUUUCCGAAGCUUGGAGCAAUGUGAAGAGCAAUGUCCUCGGCAAGUUGCCAAGGACCUUUGCGAGAUUCCUGCAGAAACCGGAGAAUGUCAGAACUAUGUUCCAAAGUGGUAUUAUGACACCAAAGACAUGGCUUGUAGACAAUUCUACUACGGCGGUUGCGGAGGAAAUGGAAACAAGUUCGAUACUCAAGAGGCAUGCUUGCAAAGAUGUGAAAAGAAACCAGAGGAAGAACCACAACCGGAGGUGGGACCGGAACUGGAACCAGAAGCGGGACCGGAACCGGAGGCAACAUUUUCAUCAAGGAACUGCUUCUUGCCUGUACAGCCAGGAAGUUGUCGAAACUACUCGCCGCGGUGGUACUACAACAGCACCACUGGUACCUGCGACCAAUUCAUGUACACUGGCUGCGAAGGGAAUGAAAACAACUUUGUCACCGAGGCUGAAUGCGAGGAUAGUUGUUUCCACGUUCAACACACCUGCACAUUGCCACCGCUGCCUGGGCGAUGCCAUGAAAAUAUGACAAAAUGGUACUAUGAUACGACAACUAGGCGUUGUCAGGAGUUUGCGUUCAGCGGCUGUAGUGGAAAUAGAAAUAAUUUCUACAAUGAAAGCGAGUGUAACGCGUUUUGCGGUCAAGCUGAAACACCCGAAAUACAAAUCGCUCGUGGUGAGCCAACAUACUCUAUUUGCGAGGAACCUGUCGAAGAGGGCAAUUGCGGCGAACAAAUUCCUUCGUGGUUCUAUAAUCGGGAGAGAGGACAAUGCGAAGUUUUCUCCUAUACUGGCUGUGGCGGUAAUGGUAACCGUUUUGAAUCUCAAGAACAAUGCGAAAGGCAAUGCGGGUUGUACAAAGGACAUGACGUGUGUAAUCAGCCGGUCAGCGCCGGUCAAUGCGAUCAGUGGCAGACCCGUUAUUAUUUCCACCCAACACGGAAAACUUGUGAACCAUUUGCAUACAGUAGCUGUGGGGGAACUGGCAAUCGGUUCACAACACAAUCCGAGUGCGAAUCGGUUUGUAUUGUUCGCGAAGAACCCAUUCCCAUGGAUAAUAAGGCUGUUUGUGCAUUGCCGGUGGAAACCGGUAACUGUUCUGACGUGGAUUCUGUUAGGCGUUGGUUCUACGACGAUUCGCGUGGGCAGUGUGUGUCUUUUAUAUAUACUGGGUGUGGAGGGAAUCAGAAUAAUUUCCGAACGUUUGAAAGUUGCAUUGACUUCUGCAUUAAUAACACCGCGCCCCAAGUGGAUCCAGCCGAGCUUAGGACUGUCAAGCCAAGUGAUUGUUCAGUAUAUCUAGAAGAGUGCCGUAGUAUUCACUGCCCAUACGGUGUCCGGCGAACCUACGGGCCCGAAGGAUGUGAACGCUGCGAAUGCGAGAACCCUUGCUCUAACCAAACGUGUCCAGAAGGUCAUCAAUGCGCAGUUGAUAUCGCACCAACGCCAGGGGAAUUGCAGUUCGUUACUAUUUGCCGACAAAUUAACAAGCCUGGAGAAUGUCCCGUUUUGACGAACACUAGUUCGAGGUGCGACAGGGAAUGCUACACGGACGCCGACUGUCGUGAUCCCUACAAAUGUUGCACAGAUGGAUGUCGUCAUGUGUGUGUACGACCAGUAGAAAAGCAAGCACCAGUGACAACAACGCCCCGAUCCCAGAUCAUUUACCCUGGUGACCGAGCGGCCGGAUUGGAAGAAAAACCACAACAUGAGGUUGAUGUGGACACUCCAGCUGGUUCGUAUGCCACGUUGAGAUGCUAUGCCACCGGCAACCCACCACCAUCAAUAACAUGGGAGAGAGGAGGAAUAAUUAUUGACACGAACCAAGGUCGGUACAUCAUUACAUCUACAGGCGAUCUUCAAAUUGUCCAAGUUGUUAGAUCCGACAGCGGCUCGUAUGUAUGCAUUGCUGAUAAUGGAAUUGGUAUACCAGUCCGCCGGGAGAUUCAGUUGCAGGUUACAGAUCCUCAAAAUAUCGAUGCCUACAUCCUAAGCCCCCGCAAUGCCACUAAAAUUGUUACACUAACACAACCGGCUAGAUUGCGAUGUCCAGCGGGUGGUCACCCUAAACCUGUAGUGAGUUGGUGGAAGGGAUUGGAGCGUCUCCCACUAAGGUCAUCGACCUAUGAAAUCCAACGGGAUUAUUCGCUUAUCAUAAAUAGUGUAAAAUUAUCGGAUUUGGGAACAUAUACUUGCGAAGCUUAUUCGGGUCAUGGGCGUCCAACGUCGAUUCAAAUCACCUUGAAGACAACGGGGCCAGUGCAUGUUAGCAAUAAGAAUGAUGAAAAGUAUUUGAAAUAUAUAAUAGAGCCUUCACGACCUACUAGCACUGAGAGGCCUACCCCUCAAUAUCCCUACAGGCCUACACGUCCCCACAGAGUAAUUCCUCAACCUGAGGUUCCAUUAGUGCACGUUCCACCUAGAGUUCCUGUGUCAGCAGUAUUACGACUUGAGAAUGGUCAUAGCUAUGCCCUGGGAGCUGAUAUUGUGUUGCAAUGCGACGUCGAUGGAAGUCCAACCCCAAAUGUUACAUGGUAUAAGAACGAUGUUCUACUGGAAGCCUCAAAUCGAAUACAAAUAACAGAACAACCUCAUCGUUUGGUAAUCUAUGGAGCGACCGUAGAUGAUUCCGGCGACUACAAAUGUAAUGCUGAAAACGGUUUCAGCUCGAAUUACCACCAAGAAAGAAUUAUAGUGCAAGGCGUUUAUGUGCCAUCUGACUGCAAGGAUAAUCCGUUCUUCGCUAACUGCAAACUAAUCGUGAAGGGAUCCUACUGCGCAAAUCACUACUAUGCCAAAUUCUGCUGUAGGUCUUGUACAUUGGCUGGUCAGCUGCCAAGUCCACAUCCUAACGCCGUUUAAAAGUAAGAGCGCUUUGAGAGAAUAGAAACAAAACGCAACUAUUACCAUUUUCAAUGUCUUUUCGAUAUUGGAAAAUAAUUCCUUAUUGCAAUUGAAAAUCUCAAACCUUUUUAAUGCUCAUUCACCAGUUCAGAAAAGUAAGGCGGCUUUUCAUUGUUCUAAUAUUUUGAAAUUUCAACAAAAAUCAGAUUUAUGGCAUUCUAGGAAUUCACUACCACAAAUACGCUACUAUUGAACGACUCAUGUAUAAUUUUAAGAUAGAAAGGCACUUGGAAACGGAAGAGUUAUACAAAACACACUCUUAAGAUACUAGAGUGCUGUCUUUGCUGUACUCUGGGAUUUUAUUUAAAAAAUGAAUGAAGUAAGCUUUUGUUUCUACCUUUUAAGUUGUUAUAAAUAAGUCCUCAAAGACUACCCAUGAAAGCAUAAUAAAUCCUCCUUGGACAUCUGCGUUCAAUGUAUACUUCUCCGACACUUUACGUUUCAAAUGUAACUUUUGAAAAGCAAAAGUGCAAUGAGUUAUUUUCAUUUUGUGUUCCUAUUUAAAUAAAUAUAAAUACGUAUCUGAAAUCUUGUACUUUCACCUAAACACUUCAAAGAAACAGGCCGACAAUUUUGAGAAGAGAAAGAGAAAUUGCAUUUAGUUAAAUAUUAGCAUUUAUUAGUUUUUUCAAAUGUAUGUAUAUUUAUUCCGUGCAUAGAACAAUUACUCAGUAUCAAAAUUCAUUAGGCAAAGUAAAAUGAUAAACAGAGGGAAACAGCAUUAAACUAUUUGAAUAGUAGUUAAACGAGCAAACUGUACUAUAAUUGUUUUGUAAAUAUGAUAAAUAAAACACGAUAAACGUAGAAAAA